AUUAGCUCCAUGUGGACGAUGGCCUCCUCCGCUCUUCUGGCCGCAACCAAUUUCACAUCCAAGCCGCUGACUUUCCCUAUCCUCGCCCUUUAAACUCCUUUUACACGAAAGAUGUGCCUACGGAGUUGAUCUAAACCAUCCAAGUCCUUAUUAACGUCGGAAAUGGAGUUGCUACAGAAGGAGCACCAGCGCGUGUUCAAGCGGGCGCAGAGCUCGAAGAGUAUUAAUGACGUGCAGGCCACAAUUGAUUUGCUGAGAGAAGCUCGAGAUGCUAUUGAAAGGGAUCCGAGCUCCGCUUCGAUAACCCUGGCUAAACUUCAAAACCCGGCCAAAGCCUCCUUUGAUACAAUCAACGACAGUUUAAAAGAAACUUACACUGCCUUGAACAAGUAUGGCAGGGCUCUGGACAAGCUAUUCAAAGAUAAGCCCCUUCCGAGCACCGAAUAUGAUGCUCUGUCAUUGCAGUCUGCUCUCGUCAAUAGGGCGAUUGCAAUGCAUUUGUUGCGAGAAGGCCAGUUCUCCGUAGCAUCCACCUUCCUCUCAGAAGUGGCGGCAAAUCCGACCCCUGCACAGUCCUUUAGCGAUAUACCCAGCUCAGGUCAGCGCAACAAUGCAAACCAGCAAUUUGAUGAUCUGCAAUCCGGAGAAAUGCGAGACCAAUUUUCCUUGAUGUAUCGUAUAUUACACCAGUUGCGUGAGGAGCAAAAUCUACUGCCUGCCAUCGACUGGGCAAGAGAACAUCGAGUCGAGCUGGAGAAAAGGGGAAGCAAUCUCGAAUUCGAGCUGUGUCGGCUGCAGUUCGUAUGGUUGUUUCAUGGCGGCAAGACGGGCAAUACAUCGAUGAUAGCUGGCAGAGCCGCUGCACUCGAAUAUGCGAGGACAGAUUUUCGCCAUUUCCACGCCCGACACCUUCGUGAGGUUGAACAGUUAAUGGGCGCCAUGGCAUUCUGUCCGAAUCUUGAUGACUCUCCGUAUAAAUCUAUUUUCAAUAACCCCUGGGCAUGGUCCGAUGUUGCUACGGCAUUCACACGCGAGUUCUGCGCUCUACUUGGCUUAUCAGCCGAUUCUCCUCUAUAUAUCGCUGCCACGGCAGGUGCAAUCGCUCUUCCCACCCUUCUCAAACUCCAAGCUAUCAUGAAAGAGAAACGCACCGAGUGGACCACUCAGAAUGAACUACCCGUCGAAAUCCCUCUUCCACCAUCUUACCUCUUCCAUUCUAUAUUUGUAUGUCCUGUUUCUAAAGAACAGACCACCGAUGACAACCCACCUAUGAUGAUGCCCUGCGGGCAUGUCGUUGCCGAAGAGUCUCUAAUGAGAUUAAGCAAAGGUGGCAAAUUUAAAUGCCCAUAUUGUCCGAAUGAGAGCCACCCAAGGGAUGCAAAAAAGGUUAUUUUGUGAGAAAGACCUGCACGUAUCCUUUCGCUUUCCUCGUUUUGCGUUUUCCCCUCCCCGUCUUCAUCUUUGUCUAGCUUUUACGAAUUUUUUUAUGAAACGUUUGAUGCAUGGGAUCCGGCGCAAUCGGAGUUCGGAUGAUGCUGUGAUUCAUAUCUAUUCAUGCACUGUGAAGCAGAGCGCAGGGUAGAACAUUCUAAGCGCGAUCUCUACUUAUUUUGAGAUAUUGGGAUGGAGUUUUGAUGGUAUAGGGAUAGUUAGCAAGGCAACCCUUCUAAAAAUUGACAUAUAAGUUCAAG